GGUAGAGGGAAGCGUAAAAGACGGCGAGAGUUACUGCAUACGGGUCAAAGGCGCGCAAGAACAUGGGGAAAUUUUUAUUUUUGUUGGUUCUAAUGCUCUGUUUGAGUGGCACGUUCCAGAAGAAAGGUAAAAAGAAAUCAGGCAUUCAAGAGCGGAAGAACACAUCUGCGAUUAUUUACCCCAGAACCUUCAAAGGACGACUACUAGCGCAGACCCGCUUGCUCUCUCUGAACGGGACGCCCCUUCCAAUGUACUCGCCUCCCAAACUCCAGUUGCUAGGCAACAGCACUGCGAGAUACCUAGACGGCUUGCUGAGCACCAAAAUCCUCCCCGGCGUCUACAUGCUGGUGGUGGCCGUUGGGUUCCCCGCCAACGUGGCCAUUCUGAGCUUGCUGGCCUGCAAAGUGCGCAAGGUGUCGUCGGCCAUCCUCUAUAGCAGCCUAGCCGCUUCCAACAUCCUCCUGCUGGGUUCCCUAUUUUUCAAGGCGCACUACCAUCUCCAUGACAACCACUGGGCGCUGGGAGAAGUGGCCUGCCGGGUCGUCACGGCGUGUUUCUAUGGCAACCUUUACUGCUCCGCGCACACGCUGGCCUGCAUCAGCAUCCAGCGCUACCUAGCCGUGGUGCACCCCUUUGCGUACAAGCGUCUCCCCAAGCGCGUCUUCGCCGCCUGGAUGGCCGCGGCCGUGUGGGGGGUAUUCGCCGCCGCCGCCCUCCCCCAGCUGAUGGUGCGGCAGAGCUUUCAUAUCCCCGAGCUGGGCCGCAUCACCUGCCACGACGUGCUGCCGCUGGAUCUCGGCUCCCACGUUUUUUUUCUCCACUACAACCUCGUCCUGGCGCUGGCAGGACUCCUGGGCCCGCUGGUCGUGACUGUCCUAUGCUACAUUCGAAUCAUGUGCGACCUACAGCAAUCGCAUCUGGACUGGACCGUCUACAUGAAGGCCAGCUCACUAGUAUUUGCCAUCUUCCUGCUGUGCUUCACGCCCCCCGGGGUGGUGCAAUUCCUUCAUCACGUGCAGCUUUUCGUGAACGGCACCGAGGGUUCGUACGUGGUCUUCAACGUGGCCGUGUGUCUGUGUUACCUGCACGCCUGCUUGGACCCCUUCCUCUUUUUGCUCAUGUCCAAAUCUACUCGAGCCAGUUUGUACUACAUAACCUUUAAGCCAAGAACAAUCAGCACCUCCUCCUAAAAUAAAUUGCCCUUAUUUUGUUGGCAUUAUAUGAUCCGAUCAAAAUAUUCUGACUAGAGUUGCACUAAUACCAUUUUUUAGCUACUGAUACCGAUUCCGAAACCUGGUGUAGGUACACAAACUGUUCGGCAGGCCUGCGUGUCAGAUUAUUCGCGCUAUAUGAUUGGCUGAGGAGUUAUAAUGCGUUCCUUUGAAUGUAUCUGACCACCUGAGCACAUCUUGUACAUGCUAAUACAUGUUUUUAUUACAGUGGUGCCUUUACUUAUGCAAUUAAUUGGUUCUAGAAUUAGUAUCGUAAACUUAAAAUUCCCAAAGUAGAGAUGCGUUUUCCAUGUAAAGGCCUUAAUCCGUUCCAAGCAAGGGGUGCGGGGCCGAUGAAUAGGGGGCCUAUCUCCGUCAAAGCUGAUCGAGUGGAAACACAGACAAAGAGCCUUAUACUUUGAAAGUUCUUGUAAAUAAAUGCUUAAAUCCCUGAAUCCUUUAUAGAUAUGGACGUAAAGCAGUCUCGAUUCUUAGUUAAAAGCAAAAAAACGGGCAGUUAGCACUUAUUUUACGUAAAUAUGUCGAAUGUGUUGCUAGUCUUUGAGCCACUGUGGCGCCACCUUAUCACCACAAAGAGCUUUUUACGUUGAAAUUUUUGGGAAUAAAUGCUUAAAUCCCUGAAUUCCUGAUAGAUAUGGACGUAAAACAGUCUCGAUUCUUGGUUAAAAGCAAAAAAACGGGCAGUUAGCAUUUAUUUUACGUAAAUAUUGCGUAUUACGAUGCCAAUGUCGUAGCGGUUAAUUUCGCCCAUUUAUUUUUUUUCACAUUUCAAAAUGCAUACGUGGUACGAAAAAUAUAUUAAUUACCUUGAAUUCCCGAACAAAUCACUCCUGAGACAAUCCUGCCUGUUUGUAUGCGGUACAGCUUUCGUACUUUUUCAACCUAAAUCGGGCGUUUGAGAAUAACUGCGACCGACUUGACCGACUGAAGCGGAGUGUAGGACGGCCCCUUACUUGAAGGCGUGGCGCAGUGUGGCAGGAAUGUGACCUGUCAAUACCAUUAUGAAGUCUAUGCUUGCACAUUUCCCAUAAAUGAUGAAGAAAUCAAGCAAUAAAAACAUGUAUUAGCAUGCAGCUACAAGAUGAGUUCGGGUGGUCGGACGUAAAAGUUAGCGACGCAUUUUUAAUUAGGCACUCCCAUAGCAAAAAUUUGCAACUCAUCUGUUGUUUAAUCUUGUCUCAGUGUCUUGCUAGCUUGCUUAGAUGAAUUCAUCAGGAGGGAGAAAUUAACUCACAACCUCUGGGUUAGGGAACGACUUCUCUACCACUGAGCCACAUACGGAUGCAUUGUACUCAAUGUGACGUGGCACAUCAAUGGAAAGCAACUUUAGAAAGAGCGUGUAGCAGCGAUGAAGCAAAUUAAAUUAAAUUUUGCUUCAUUUAAUAAUUUAUAUAUUUCUUUGAUACUUCAAAAAAAAAAAAAAACUUACAAAUCACAGACAUGUUGCCUGUGAGCCAGUAGUUUAGCGAGACAGGGUCAGCCAGCGUGUUGCGUGUUUUGAUUACGUCAUUAAACAAGAGGACAGAGAUUCUUCACACUGCAGUGUAUCACAAACGUGAGUACAACCCUCGCAUUUCUGCAGAUAUUUAUAUCUUUUAAUGGGAUAACACUGACAAAAUGACACUUUGACACAAUGAAAAGUAGUCUGUGCUGUAUUAUAGAGUUCAUUUAUUUUCCCCUCAAAAUAUAGCCAUUAAUAUCGAAACCCCUGGCAACAAAAGUGAGUUCACCGCAUGGGCACUACGUACAUCCCUUAAUGUCCAAAUUGAGUACUGCUUGUCAUUUUCCCUCCAAAAUGUCAUGUGACUUGUUGGUGGUGGUGGUGGUGGGGGGGUAAUUCCCACCACCAUGCUUGACUGUAGGCAUGACACACUUAUCUUUGUACUGCUCACCUGGUCGCCGCCACACAUGCUUGAGACCAUCGGAGCCAAACAAAUUAAUCUUCGUCUCAUCAGACCAUAGGGCGUGGUUCCAGUAAUCCAUGUGCUUUGUUGACAUGUCUUCAGCAAACUGUUUGCUGGCUUUCUUGUGUACAGUCUUCAGAACAGGCUUCCUCCUGGGGUGACAGCCAUGCACACCAAUUUGAUGUAGAGUACGGCGUAUGGUCUGAGAACUAACAGGCUGACCCCUCCACUUGGGUUGUUCCGAUCAUGUUUUUUUUCUCCCGAUCCGAUCCCGAUCAUUUUAAUUUGAGUAUUUGCCGAUCCCGAUAUUUCCCGAUCCGAUUGCUUUUUUUUCGCUCCCGAUUGAAUUCCAAUCAUUUCCGAUAAUUUUUCCCAAUCAUAUACAUUCUGGCAAUGCAUUAAGAAAAAAAUGAAUAAAACUCGGACGAAUAUAUACCUUCCACCAACAGUACAUAAGUACUAUAUGUUUAUUAUGACAAUAAAUCCUCAAGAUGGCAUUUACAUUAUUAACAUUCUUUCUGUGAGAGGGAUCCACGGAUAGAAAGACUUGUAAUUCUUAAAGGAUAAAUGUGACUUUGUAUAUUGUGACUAAAUAUUGCCAUCUAGGUUAUUUGUUGAGCUUUCAGUAAAUGAUACUGUAGCCAUUUAACGUCUGCCCAAAUGCAUGAUGGGAAGUGCAACCAUGACUGUGCGUCGUGGUACCAAUUGAUAUAUCUUCUCUGCGUUGGGAAAUAUCAUAGGGUGUUAAGAAAAAGAUCAACUACCACCUUUCUUCCCCACAUUGCUUCCCACGAUUAUUCUAAUCGUUGGGAGAGGGAUUGUAAGGCUUUAGCCAAUUAAAAAAAGGCUCCAAAGACUGCCAAAAUUCACUCUACUCAUUUUACGCUGCCUUUUAGCUCUAUAUACUGUAUGGGUAAAACGGCGCCAUUAUAGAUUGAAAGCGACAAUGCGUGAGUGGGCCGUGCAGCGCAUGCGUUAAUUGUGUUAAAUAUUGUAAUGUGAUAAAUGUAAAAAAAUAUUAAUUCUAGCCGUUAACGCGAUAAAUGUAAUAACCCUACCUUAAGCUUAAACUAAAGACUCUGGAAGAAUGUAACACAUUAUGUCUGUAACGUUAAAUACAAUUAGAAAACGAUUUAAUUAUAAAAAAAUAUAUAUUUUAAAAAAAGGCAUGUCUGAUAUUUUUUUGCCGAUUCGGAUACUUUGAAAAUGACGUGAUCGGACCAGGGAUCGGGACAUCUCUACCCCCCACUACUUCGAUCUCUGCAGCAACGCUGACAGCACUCCUGUAACGAGUCACAUAACAUUUUGGAGGGAAAAUGACAAGCAGUACUCAAUUUGGACAUUUAGGGAUGUAUGUAGUUCCCAUGCGGUGUACUCACUUUUGCUGCCAGGUGUUUAGAUAUUAAUGACUAUAUUUUGAGUUAUUUUGGGUGGAAAAUAAAUGAACUCUAUUAUAUAAGCUGCACACAGACUACUUUUCAUUGUCUCAAAGUGUCAUUUUGUCAGUGUUGUCCCGUGAAAAGAUAUACCGUUAUCUAAUUAUUUGACCGAUGAUAUUAUUUUUCAGAUUUUGGCACGAAAUUAAUUAAGAUGUGAUUGGACAUGUCAGAGCAGACACUACUCCUUCUUAGAAGGAAAGAAUCUCUAGAACCCAUAAUGAGCAAUUGCAGACGGGAAGGAGAUCAAAUUGAGAAAUAUUUGUAACUGACGCAAUAUAGGGUUGCUUGGCAAGCUUUGAGGCAAGUUUAAGAAAUAAAUUUUUGCUCAUUCAUAUCUUUCACUGAGACGUCACUGAGAUCGUGAGUCCAGCACAAGAUCUCAUAGUUGUCUCUUGGUGAGCUCUGAAAGGAGACAGCUGUGAGAUAUUAUUGAGAAAUCAUGCCAGCUAGUAGAACUAUUGUCAAUACCUUCUCAUGUAAUGCUCACUGUGAGGCUUACUACUCAUGAGACAAAUUUGAGAAAACCUAGAAAACCAAAUGAGACAUGAACAAGAUUUCAUCUUCAAUUUUGCUUUGCCAUGGGCUUUUACAUCAUGUAACCUGGAUAGUGUGACACUCAGUUUGUGCAGCCAAACAGUUUGCGUGCCUACACCGGCUGUGUGGUAUCGGCCAAUGCCGAUACCGUACCGAUUUUGAAAAAAUAUCUACAUUUUUUCAUGUGAGAUUACUGUAUAAUCACUUGAAUGUAAAGUAAUUGCUAUGAUGGCUGCUUCACCCAUCGACGGCGCUAGUCUCCCAUUUCAAAUGGAUUGGAUAUCUACAUGGGAUAAACUGGAUUCAAAUUUCAAUCAUCGUCAAUAUUUUUGCACAUUGUAGUUAAUUUUUACCAUCUUACGUCACCAUAUGAGAGUAUUUUGACUAAAUCCUUACAUAACUGGAAAAUACCAAAUACAAACUUUUUAUUUAUGCAGUAUUUAAAAAAACAAUAAUUGUACAUGGAGCCCUAAUAAAGUUAUGAGUCGAUAAGAUUUUGUGGUCACUUGCCACAAAAUAACAGUUUACUUUAGACUCACAUUAGGAAACAUUCUCGUGCACACUAUGUAUGUAAAGUAUGUAUGAGCGGGACCCUCAUACAAAUACAUACACAUGAACUCUACAUAAAGAGACAUAAAGAAGUCAUUUUAAAUCCUUUAUUUUGUUUGUUUGUUUGUUUACUGUUGGCUUUGCUUACUUCGUUGUGUCAUUAGCAGUGUUUCUUUUUUUACAAGUUCAUACAAAUAAUAUAUACAAGCUAUAGAAGCAAAUUUACUAUAAAAUGUUUUUAGAGCAUUUGUUGCAAAGUGGAUAAAAGGGGCUGUUUUUUGUGUGAUUGCUAUUUUUGCCAUGUAGGGUUGUUGUCAAUAUGUUAGCUUCACACAAAUGUAGCUCAUCCCUCUCAGGGAAGAGGCAUUUUCCGGUUUCCUGUGACAGGAAGCAGCGAGACACGCCCGCAAUCACAAAUUCCCAAGGCGGCAGGCAGGACUGGGAGAAAAAGCAGUUAUGUAGUCCACUUAUAUAACUUGACUCUUUUUAAAUAAAGUAUAUUUUAUAUGCACUUGAUUUGUGACAUCUGUUUUCUAAGCAGCUGUUUGUUUUGUGGGUGAUUUGUGUUGUUGUUGCUAAUUUAUUGAACUUGACAAAUAGUGACUCAUACAAAUACAGUCAGGAUAAAAAGUCAACACACUUCAGGUCGAAUUUUUUGUGAAAUGAAGUAAAGAAAAAAAUCUACACACCCUAAGUCAAAUGCUUUGUGGAAUGAAGUUCUCCCACUUAGAAAUCAUGGAGGAGUCUGAAAUUUUCAUCGUAGGUGAUGGUCCACUGUGAGAGAGAUCAUCUAAACCGGGGGUCGGCAACCCGUGUUUUGAGAGCUGCAUGCGGCUCUUUAGCGCUGCCCUAGUGGCUCCCUGGAGAAUUUUCAAAAAUGUUUGAAAAUGGAAAAAAAAUUUUGUUUUGAGAAGGACAAAAAUGACACAUUCUUAACGUUUUCCAAUGCUGUAAAAACGUGUAGAAUAAGUAUUAAAUUUCAACAUUUCCGUCAAAAAAGAUUUGCGUCAUAGCCUGCGACACACGUUUCUAUCAGCAGGGCGGGAUACCAGGCAGGUGGCUAUUGCAAACAAACAGGGAGCCGAGUACCCAGUUGGGAGUGAGAGAAAAAGUGCAAUUCAAUUACUUCAGAAAAACUUAGAGGAGCGACAAAAAAGAUUUAAGAAGUGGAUUGCAUCGCCAAACUCCACUACUGCUGCAUGUUUGGUUGCAACUCGGGAGAUAAUAAAGCGUGGAAAACUGUUCACAAAUGGUGAGUACAUAAAGGAGACAUUCAUCAACAUAUCAGAAGACUAUUUGCAGACUUCAAAAACAAAACCGAGAUAAUAAAGUAAAUCAAAGACGUGCCCAGAUGAGGGGCAUGUUAUGCACGUUUCAUUUUGUUGUUUUUCCAAACCUCAAAAUAAAAAAGACAUCAAAAAUCGGAUUUCUUUUUUUGCAUUUCUGCAAUUUCAUAAAAGCAAUGAAAUAAUUCAUUUAUAUUGUAAUGAAGUUAAACUUGAGGUGGCAGCAUACAAAAGAGUAGUCACGUGGUGCGUUGGAUGUACUGCAGCAAAAAUCAACAUUAAAUCAUGAAGGCUCAUUAUGUAUUUUUAGCUGACUUAGUCAUUUUUAUAGUAGGCUAAUAUAGCUAAUACAGAUACAUACAGUAUGUGUUGACUUCAUUAAUAGGCUUAUUUGAGGCUGUUCAUUUUUUGCGGCUCCAGACAUUUUUGUUUUUUUGGUCCAAUAUGGCUCUUUCAGCAUUUUGGGUUGCCGACCCCUGAUCUUAAUAGAAAAAUCCAGAAAUCACAAUGCAUGACUUUUAAAUAAUUCAUUUGUGUGAUACAGCUGCAAAUAAGUAUUUGAACACCUGUCUAUCAGCUAAAAUUCUGAACCUGAAAGACCUGUUGGUCCACCUAUUAAAAUUCCACCUCCACUUCAUGUAUUACCUGAAUCAGAUGCACUUGUUUGAGGUCGAUGGCAGCAUAAAGAUACCUGUCCACCCCAUACAAUCAGUAAGACUCAAAGUUGUAACAUGGUCAAGACCAAAGAGCUGUCCAAAGACACCAGAGACAAAAUUGUUCACCUCCACAAGAAUGGAUAUGGCUACAGAGCAAUUGCCAAGCAGCUUGGUGAAAAAAAAGUCCACUGUUGGAGCAAUCAUUAGAAAAUGGAAGAAACUAAAUAUGCCAGUCAAUCUCAAUUGGAGUGGAGCCCCAUGUAACAUAUCACCUCGUGGGGUCUCAAUGAUCCAAAGGAAGGUGAGGAAUCAGCCCAGAACUACCUGACAGGAGUUAGUCAAUGACCUGAAAACCACUGUUUCCACGGUUACUGUUGGUAAUACACAAGACGUCAUGGUUUGAAAUCAUACAUGGCAUGAAAGGUUCCCCUGCUUAAAUCAGCACAUGUCAAGGCCCGUCCUAAGUUUGCUUAGGACCAUUUGGAUGAUGCAGAGGAGUCAUGGGAGCAAGUUUUGUGGUCAGAUGAGAGUAAAAUAGAACUUUUUGGUCAUAAUUCCACUAACCGUGUUUGGAGGAAGAAGAAUGAUGAGUACUAUCUCAAGAACACCAUCCCUACUGUGAAGCAU